AUGAGCGAGAUUGAGAAAAAACCUGAAGAGAAAGCUCCAAGACGUGGGUCGUACGUGGCCGUUGAGUUCACGCCUGAAAUCGAGCAACAGUGUCUGAAACAGGUGGAAUUCUAUUUCUCGGAGUUCAAUUUACCCUACGAUAAGUUUUUGCGCAGUACCGCUGAGAAAAACGACGGAUGGGUGCCCAUCUCGACCAUUGCGACUUUCAACAGAAUGAAAAAGUUUCGCCCUGUGGACAAAGUCAUUGAGGUUCUACGUAGGUCUGAGAUCUUGGUUGUGAGCGAGGACGGCGAGAACGUUAAGCGGAAGCUUCCUCUGGACGACCAGAGCGAUGCGAGGCGUGAGAGAGGGAAGCGGACUCUGGCAGUAACUAAUUUCGAGCAUGACAAAGAGCAGGACAAGGGUGAGCUGCAAGAGAAAUUGGAGACUUUUUUCCAGAAAUUGGGCGACGUGCGUCAAGUGCGUAUGAAGAAAGACCAUCGCAAACGGUUCAACGGUACUGUGAUCAUCGAAUUUGCGACGGAGCAGGACGCUACCAAGUUUUUCGAAGAAUACAGUCCUGAAAAGGAGGUGCUUUCGUUUGAGGGCCGCAAGCUGGACGUGUUCACGAAAAAGCAGUACGACGUGCAGCGAGAAGCGACCAGAAGCAAGAAUUUCAGUGGUUCGGGCCAAAGAUCUCGUUCGUUCACGGGUCACAGGAAAAACAUGCCUUUGGACUCGACCAAGGAGAAAGACGCGUCCGAAAACGCUGUCGUGUAA